UGUUUUGAUGGGGUAUUUGUCAAACGCGUUCUUGUUUCACCACGGCGGAAAAAGCUGCUGCACAGCAGCCGAGCGUGACCUUUCCCAGAGCGUGUGCGCGCAAUGCUGAUUCCGAGAUCUUCCUUACUUGAGUAGACGGAAUGAGACCACAGUGGAGUUACUAAGGAACAAUGAGACUCCUCAAGCAGAUGUUUAUGAAUGUACUGUGGAGUCAUCGCUUCCCCCAGGCUACUGUAAGAGCAGGUAGACGGUGGAGUUGCUUCCAGUCAUUGACUGCUGGCGCGGGUCGGACUUUCUACGCUAAUGCUGGUCUGAGGAAAGAUUCCAGCCAGGCCCAUGACCUGGCUGCCAAGAAACUGGAUCUGGACGUAUGGAAGUCAGUGAUGAGAUCAUCACAGCCGCAGGUGGACAAGGAGGAGGACGACAACAGCAAUGACAUUGACGAUGAUGAUGAGGAAGAGUGCUCUACCUUGGAGUCGUCUCGAGAGCUUGUAGAAAUGUGGCGGCUGGCCGGGAGGAUGGUGCCGGAGCAGAUCAGCGAGGAGGACCUGCAAGCUCUGACUGCCCUGUCCACAAAGUCCUCUAAAAAGAAGUUCCUCAAACGUCUGGCCUUGAAAGAACAUCAUAAGAAGGCUGACAAGGAGAAGAAAGAGAGGAAAAGAGCACAGAAGGAGGCAGAAAGGCAGCGCAAUGCGGAGGGCGAGGAGGAGGGAGCGGACAGGCCUCUGCGGAACACCUUCCUGAUGCAUUUCUGGAGUCGCUCCAUGGAUGCUUUACACAACUGGAGGGCAGCUCAAUCCAUGUGCUUCGGGCAGCCGCUGGUGUUCGACAUGAGCUAUGAACGGAAUAUGUCCAAGCCAGAGAUGGCCAGCGCUGUCUCCCAGCUGCUGGAGAGUGAGGGAUGGAACCGGCGCUCUGCUGACCCCUUUCACCUUCACUUCUGCAACCUGCAACCAGAGGGAACCUAUCACCAGGAGCUGCUGAAGCGCUAUGGCCGUGACACCUGGGACCGGCUCCUGAUCACCACCACUGAGCAGCACUACAUGGACCUCUUUCCCAAGAGCCGGGUGGUCUACCUGACCGCCGACUCGCGGAACGUGCUGCGGACGUUUGAUCACGACAAGGUGUACAUCGUGGGAGCUAUGGUGGACAAGAGCAUCCAAACAGGUCUCUCCCUGGCCAACGCAAAACGCCUUCAGCUGGCCACCGCCCGGCUUCCACUGGACGAUUUCCUCCACUGGGACAUGGGCAGCAAAAACCUGACACUGGACCAGAUGAUGCGCAUUUUGCUCACGCUGAAGGAGGGCGGCAACUGGGAGCAGGCGCUGGAGUUUGUGCCCAAGAGGAAACACGACGGGUUCUCUAAGGCACCACAACUGAGGAAGCAAACCGGCAGAAUCUCUGAGAGAAGUGAAGCCAACCCGAGGACUGGGACCAGACACAAUAAGUGGGUUAGCCAGUCCAAAGUCAUAACUAUGCUUAACACCAGCAGGAUUAAAGUGAGCGAUGUCAAAACGAAAAGAACGAAAAACUGGUGGGAUGAGGAAUAGACUUAGAAAAGUACUAAAGCAGACAAUUCGUGCAUCUAACUUCCUAUGCUGUUGACGCUUGUUUUACGCCAUCAUUACAUAAUGUGAAAGCACUGGAAUAAAUGUUCCAACAAUAA